AUGCAACGAUACGAAUCCCUUCCACCACAAUUUUACCUUCAGGAUCUAGCUGCCAUCACUGGCCGGGUCUGCGAGCUCAGAGUCAAUCCCCACCAAGCCGAGGCCGACUAUGCAGCGCGCUCAUGGUUCAACCAAAUAAGCGUGUACGAUGAUAGGAAGAAGUCAAAGUUCCUCAACUACGGCAAAUUCGAUCUCUUUGCUGCAUUAAGCUUUCCAGACGCUGACUCUGCGCAUCUUGAAACUUGUAUUAUGUUCUUUUUCUGGGCUUUUUCGACCGACGAUCUUUCUGACGAAGGCGACCUACAAUCCAAACCUGACGCAGUGCAAGCUGGACAUGAUAUCUCCGUUAGUGUUUACACAAACCCUGAUGGUUCCCGCCCAAAAUAUCCAUAUGCUGCAAUGUUGUACGACUUGCUAACGCGAUUCCGCGGAACAUCUACUAUUGGAGCCUAUAACCGGUUCAUCAAGGCAUUUGAGGCAUGGAGUAGCUCUCAAGUAUCACAAUCUCGCAACCGUUCUCAAGACCGAAUGCCCUCGGUUGAGGAAUUCAUUCUCAUGCGUCGUGCGACCAUCGGCGGCGCUCUUGUGGAAGCGAUGAUCGAGUAUUCUCUUGACCUGGAUCUUCCGGACGUUGUCUUUGACAAUCCUAUCAUCAAAGCGAUGUCAGACGCGACAACCGACCUUAUGACAUGGCCAAACGACCUUUGUUCUUUUAAUAAAGAACAAGCUGACGGCGAUUACCAAAACCUUGUCUUCUGUAUCAUGCAUGAACGUGAUGUCGGCUUGCAGGAAGCUAUUAACAUUCUCACUGAGAUGUUGAACCAACGCGUGGACGACUACAUCAAUCUCAAGAGCCAGCUUCCGUCGUUUGGUGCCGAUGUAGAUGCCGAGCUGGAAAGAUACCUUCAUGCGCUGGAAAACUUCGUGCAGGGGACCGUACUGUGGUAUUAUUUCAGCCCGAGGUACUUCCGCGGCGUCGAUGUCACAAAUCGCGAGUACCUCGUUGUGCCACUCUUCGAGAAAGGAGCAUUCUAA